GACUGCUCUCUAAGGAGGCACGCCCGGGGAGCCCGUGCGUCACUGCUCUGCGCCGGGUGACUAUUUUCGUGUUCUCUUCCUUCAAUAUCUAUCUACCUCUUCCCUGCAUCCAUAGGAUCCCGGGAUAUGAGCCGGAAGAGGCAUCGCUUGGUCCCGGAGGCCUUCGGACAGAAGAGGCGGCGAGAAGGAGGGGAUGUAGAGGCAGAUCCUUUGCGGGGAGAGUCAGGGUCUGCGCGCGCGGCGGUUGCGGAGCUAGUGCGGCUGUUCCCGCGAGUCCUGUUUGAGGAUGCGCUACCGCCCAUCGCGCUGAGGAGCCAGGUGUACAGCCUAGUGCCCGACCGGACGGUGGCUGACCGGCAGCUGAGAAAAAACUCCCCAAUACUUGAAAACAAAAUCUCCCUGCACAGAAGUGUCCAGAGUACAGCAGACCAUCUUACCCUGACACCUUUCUUUUCAUUGUCAUCUCUGUGGAGACAGAAGGCGCUUCAAGAGCAGGGGGAGAUCAGAAUCAUCCAACUAGGCUUCGACUUGGACGCCCAAGGAAUCAUCUUCACUGAGGACUAUAGGACCAGAGUCCUCAAGGCUUGUGAUGGCCGCCCAUACGCUGGCGCAGUGCAGAAGUUUCUGGCUUCAGUACUUCCAGCCUGUAGUGACCUUAGCUUCCAGCAGGACCAAAUGACACAGACCUUUGGCUUCAGGGACCCAGAAAUCACGCAGCUGGUGAAUGCCGGGGUCCUCACUGUCCGAGAUGCUGGAAGUUGGUGGCUAGCCGUGCCCGGAGCUGGGAGAUUCAUCAAAUAUUUUGUUAAAGGGCGCCAGGCUGUACUCGGCAUGGUCCGGAAGGCCAAGUACCGGGAGCUACUCCUCUCGGAGCUCCUGGGCCGGCGGGCACCUGCCGCGGCGCGACUCGGCCUCGCUUACCACGUGCAUGACCUCAUUGGGUCCCAGCUGGUGGACUGUGUCUCCACCACUUCUGGAACCCUCCUCCGCCUGCCAGAGACAUGAGGAUUCUGCUCGUCAUUGCACAGCUCCCCAGAGUGGGGUGCAAGGGGCCCGGGAGUGCUGGCCGCCCUGGCUGAGACAGGGUCACCUUGGGAAGGCUUGGGAGCCAGGAUGAGUGCUGGGUUUGCGUCUGUGCAGGGGGUCAGAUGUGACUGCUGCUGUUUACCUGGGCUCUGACCCAGUGGGGGGUUUGGGCAGUGCUUCUCUGCCCUUCCAUGGAAGUGGAGCCAGAAACGGUGCCAAGGCCAUGGCUGCUGCCUUUCAUGCAGCAAGGCGCUGCCAUUAUUCUGUCUUGGGAUAGGAAGGAGGGGUUUCUGGUGAGGCUGCCGAAGGAGGACAGGGUUCUUUUCCCUACGUGUCGGGUUUAAACUGCCAAAUAAAGUACUUCUG